AUGGCAUCGCUUGUCCAAAUCAUCACGAAUCAGUCAAGCGUCCGGCGCCUAAGAUCAAUGCCCUCCUCUUCUUGCUUGCUUACGCACCAGAAGAGAAAAUCCAUCCGACGUCUGCUCAUUACCCAUUCAGAUAUAAGCCUUGCUUCUUCGUUCCGUUAUUGUCUGGAGAUCGCAUUUAAUUUGCUGAACAGGACAUCGAUUUACAGACAACUUCUAUGUUACAUUCGCCUUUUUCUUCUUCUUCUGGUAUUUCGACUUCUUCAUUUUCUCCUUUUCAUCUUUCUUCUUUUUCUUCUUCUUAGCUACCUUUUUAUUCUCUAUCGGUCUCUUAUUAUCGUCAUCUUCAUCUUUCUCUUCUUUCGUUUUUCUCGACUUUUUCUAUUCAAUCUUUCAGUCUUCUUUCCUUUUAUUUAUUUCCAAAUUUUCGUUAACAACAUAUUUUUUAAUUCUGUAUUCCCCAUCUCUUCUGAGGUUUAUCUCCUCGUCUUUAUUCGAUGUUUUCUUCUUCUUCUUCUUCUUCUUCUUCUUCUUCUUCUUCUUCUUCUUCUUCUUCUUCUUCUUCUUCUAAUUUUGCCUUCACAGUAUUGUUUUGUUCUAUUUCAUCUUUGUCUCCUUUCUCUCCUUUUCUCUCUAUCUGCUUCUUCGUCCUCGUCUCCGCUUUGUCCCCUUCUUCUUCGUUUUCGCUCUCUCCCGUUUCUCUUCUUUGAACAUAUAUUAUUUUCUUCUUUGCUACGAAUAUUUUUUUUCCUUUCUCUUAACAUUCUAUUUUUCUCUCCUCGUCUUUAUUCGAUGUCUUCUUCUUCUUCUUCUUCUUCUUCUUCUUCUUCUUCUUCUUCUAUAUGUCUCUAA